AUGUCAACAAGCAAGCCAUGACGCUAACCGACCAACGUCCCAACUUUACCUGUCUGUCAUCGUGUACAUUGGGACUGAUCGUUCUGCUGUCCUCUUACUAAACAGAUCGCUUGAAUGAAUGCCAAUGCCUGCAAGAUGGAUAAGGCGGAGACUCGCCCGGUGGCGGGGAAAUGGCCAUCGCUGAACGACAAGGAAAACUCACGAGCCCUUCCCAGCGUGCAGUGCGGAUUCGUUGGCUGGGUGAACCGAGACGGAUGUAUCUCAGAGAAAUAUGAACGUAAAGUACUUAAAGAAUGUACGAACAUACAGGCGGGGACCAUUCCUUCCACUCGACAACAUUCCAAGAAGCCCAUCAUUCUUCAGACGGGCGUCAAGUCCAAGUUUCCUACGACUCCAGGACAUAAGUCGGCGCACAGACAGACCCGAAAAGCCAAGGUACAAGUGAAAGCGCUGGCUGAAGUCUCGGUACCGUCUUAUGUCGUGAUAAAAGAUGAGUGUAUGGAAGUGGUGGAGGACAACCAGCUCUUCACACAGCCCAGUCCGAGCAAACUUUCGUCUGGAGUGGCCGAUGCAGACUCGCACACCAAGGUCUUCCUGUGUCCGGAAUACGCGUGUGAUAUCGUCAAUUAUCUACAGGAGGUUGAAGUUAAAUGGAGAUUCCCUUCGAAUUUCCUAGAAAACGAGUCUGAGGUUACACCAAGGAUGCGAGCGAUUCUAAUGGACUGGUUGAACCAAGUUCAGAACCACGAGAAUUUAAACGAAGAAUCGCUUCACCUGACGGCGGCAAUGAUUGACCGCUACACCAGCGUCCAUAAACUGCGACUGACACUGCUGCAGCUGCUGGGAAUAACGUGUCUCCUCAUUGCGGCCAAAUACAUCGAACGCUUUCCACCCGAGAUAUCCACCCUGUGUAAGCUGACAGACGACACGUACACGGUGUCUGCAGUCCUGGAAAUGGAGAUAGUCGUCCUGAAGGCCCUGCAGUUUGAUCUCAAUAUCCCUACACCAAUAACCUUUUUGAGACGAUUCAUUGGAACCCAGACCCACUCAACAGAGGAAUAUCAUCUCUGUGAGUAUUUGCUAGAUUUGUGUCUGACGAAUCACCAGAUGGUUCGUUUCCCGGCCUCCCUAGUAGCGGCCAGCACGUUGUACCUGGCGCGCCUUCUGUUCCUCUCCGACAUGAUCUGGACGCCUACUCUGACCUACUACACGAAAUACAUCAAACGUGACCUGGUGGACUGCGUCCUGCACCUCAGUCAAAUGCUUUACAAAGCAGAAUCCAAAGAGUUACAGGGUGCAAGGACAAAGUUUUCUAGUUCCAGGCGAGGUGCCAUCAGCAAGCACGUAAUAUUAAAGGACAAUAUUGAUUUAAUUAAUGCCACAAAAGGAAUCUUCCCAUCCAACAGAUAAAGCAUACCUAGAUCAAAUGAAGAUAUAUUUUAGUCGAUGUUAAUCAUUAUUUAUUGUGAUAUUACUUACAAGGUAAUGCAAUGAACUGUGAUAUAAAUUACCAAGUGGGUUUGGAACUAGUCUUGUCAAUGCGGCAAAAACAUGCAUGUAUAUUUAUUAUAUAUCAAUUCAGAGACGAAUUAUUCAGUAGGAUUUCUACAUCCCACCGACAUUAUGGGGAACUACUGGAUGUGUAGGAGUAUGUCCGUACUAGAAUAAAAGGGCCACACUUGAGAUAUUAUGUUGUAACUAAAGGUGUGUUAUGGGAUGUGCGAUCCAUGUAGGUGUUUAGAUUCUACAACAACGCUACUCCGUGCGUUUAUUAAUUUUUCAUUUACUUACGCAUAUUAAUUUCAAAUAAACUGUUGGAUGUAAAUGUUUGUUUAUGUAUCGUUUUACUGGUUCUGUUAUAAGGUGGCAUUGAACAAAAUAAAUGUGUAAUGUAAGCAACUUCUAACCGUGCAUGUAGUGGUGUUUUAUGGUCAUUUGCAUCACUAAACAGGUACUACCUGACUUAAGAAUAAAAUAAAAAUCAUAAUUUAUAGCUCCAGAAAAUGUGUUUGGAGCCAUGAUUUCACUACCUUUAAUAUAAUAUAAUUAAUAGCCAUUACACAACCUAAAUAUAUAAAUAAUGUAACAUUGGUUUCAACUCUAUGCUGUGUGAACGCACUUAUAAAUUAAAUUAUAUAAGCAGUUUUUGCUGUUUUAAGUUUUCCUAAAAGUUCCAUCCGGCAUGAACCU